AUGCUAAGGCAGGUUGGUCGGAUGGACUAUUUUAUGAUGCAGAAUAGCGUAAAGAUUGGAUCAGCAGCAUUGCACACAAUUUUGAAUGAAAACUUGCAAGUUCGGAAAGUGGCUACCCGCUGGGUGCCACAUUGCUUGUCAGAUGAGCAAAAGGAGCAGCGUGUCAAUUGGUGCCAGUUUAUGCUGCAAAAAUUUAAUGAAGGGAAGUCGAAACGGGUUUAUGACAUUGUGACAGGCAAUGAAAGUUGGAUUAACCAAUUUGACCCGGAGAUAAAGCGCCAAUCCUCAAAUUGGAUCUUUCCAGGUGAAAACCCGCCGCGAAAAUUUCGGCGAUCCAGAAGCGUCGGCAAAAAGAUGGUUGCGUCAGUUUUCUCAAAGACGGGUCAUGUCGCAACCAUUCAACUGGAAGACCGUCGUACAGUGAACCCGGAUUGGUAUGUUAACCACUGCAUACCACAGGUUCUACAAGUUUGGCGAAAUAAACGUCCAAGGACCGGCUUAAGAGGUCUACUUUGGCACCCUGAUUUGGCCUUUUGUGGCUCCUUUCUCUUUCUAGCGGUAAAAGAAAAAAUUUGCAGAACCAAGUUUGACAGCGCUGAUGAUGCAGUUUGUGCCUUCAACGAGGCUGUUUCUGACCUGGCUGCAGAACAAUGGGCCCAUUGUUUUGAUAUGUGGUUUUAUCCUAUGAGACUUUGUGUUGAAGACAAUGGAGAGUAUUUUGAGAAACUGUGA